AUGGGCCAAAAGUUUCAAUACGACGAAAGUGGUGGAACAUUUUUCUAUUUCUUAUUAUCAUUUUUAGCAUUAAUUUUGAUUCCCGCAACAUUUUACUAUUGGCCGAAAAAGAAAAAGAGAGAUGUUGAAGACGAAACCAAAGAAUGUACAUGCACAGGAUGUAUCUUGAAAAGGGAACAUUUAAAAAGGUCAGAACCAUGGAGGGGCCCUAAAAAUGUUUUAAUCAAAUUAGUAAUAGUUGCGGGAUGGGUGAUACUAUUCUUAUUAGCUUAUAAAGUAUCUCAAUUUGACUAUGAGAUGUCAAAUUUUGAUCCUUAUGAAAUAUUAGGGAUACCACUUGGUACUAGUCAAGUUGAAAUUAAAAAGGCCUAUAGAAAACUAUCACUAAUUCUCCAUCCUGAUAAAGACACUGGUAAUGAAAAGGAGUUUAUGAAACUAACAAAAGCAUACCAGGCUUUAACCGAUGAUGAAGCUAGGAGAAAUUGGGAGAAAUAUGGUAAUCCAGAUGGACCUGGAGCAAUGAGUUUUGGAAUAGCUUUACCAUCAUGGAUUGUUGAAAAGGAAAAUAGUGUUUGGGUCUUAGGUCUUUAUGCGCUCGUUUUUAUGGUAGCUUUACCAAUAAUAGUUGGUACUUGGUGGUAUAGAAGUAUCAAAUAUACUGGAGAUCAAGUACUAUUAGACACAACACAGUUAUAUUACUAUUUUUUUAAUAAAACACCAAAUAUGGCUCUAAAACGGGUGAUUAUGAUUUUAGCUGCUAGUUUAGAAUUUGAUAAAAAACAUAAUUCUGAAAUUGUAGAAAGACAGUCGGAUAAUGAAGAAGUUCCACAAUUGAUUAAAAAGCUACCCAAUCUGAGUGAGAAAAAUAAAGAACGUCCAUUGUGUUACUUAUACAGCAUAAAAGCCAGAGCGAUCAUACAUGCUCAUUUAAGUAGGAUACCAUUAAAUUCUUUUACGUUAGAACAAGAUAGGAGGUACAUAGUCGGUAAAUGCCCAUUUUUGGUGAAUGAGCAAGUCAACUGCGUCAAUCAACUCAUAAUUAUGGCUUAUACUAGACGAAUCCCCAAAUUGCCUCCUAUAGAAACGAUAGAAAAUUGUAUGAAAUUAUCACCUAUGAUCGUCCAAGGAUUAUGGGAAUUCAAAUCUCCCCUUUUACAACUACCUUACAUCAACGAUGACAACUUAAAGUAUUUCAUGUCAAAGAAACGUCAGAUUAAAACAUUGCAGCAAUAUGCACAGCUGAAAGGUGAAGAAAGGAGAAACUUGCUUAGAAAUCUAACCGAUGAUCAGUAUGAAAACGUCAUGAAGGUAUUAGGAACAAUGCCGUAUGUUGAUUUCCAAAUACAAGUUGAAGUUAUGGAUGAUGAAAAUCCAAAUGAAGUAACUGCUGGGGCCAUAGUUACAGUUACUGUGACUCUGAUCAGAAAAGAUAUGACUAUUCUGUUUGGAGAUGAGUCUACUAAAGAUGUAACCGAAAUUACCGAAAACGGUACUGAAGAAGUAAAAGAAGUCACAGGAGACGAGAACGUCUUAAAAAGACCAGCAUGGCUUAAACAGAAAAAGAGUGGUAAAAAAACGAAGAAAUCAAAACCAGUCAAUAAGACGAACAUUACAUCAAAACCAAAGACUGAAGAUUCUCCCAAACCAGCAGCCCCAGUUAGAAAGAAAGAUACUUCCAAAGUUAAGAAAGAACUGGACGAUGAUGAGACUGAUGAAACAGACGAAAGCGAUAUUGAGAACAUCGAAAAUGAUAAAUCUUCCGGAGAAGAUGAAGUAGAAAAUAACAAAUCCAAUGAUGAUGAUGAGGAAUGGGAGAAAUUCCAGAAAAUCCAUGACAGGGAAAAAUCUCUAGAAGGCAAAUCAAAGACUUCACAUAGUGUACAUUGUCCCUAUUAUCCUUAUGACAAACAGGAAUAUUGGUGGACUUAUAUAUGCGACAGAAAGUCUAGAACUCUUCUUACAGCGCCUUAUCAUAUAACUAGUCUUGUAGAUAAAGAAGUUGUUCAUCUAAAGUUCACUGCUCCCAAUUGGCCAGCAGUUUAUACUUUCACUGUCUGUCUACGAUCUGACUCAUACAUAGGCUUUGAUCAACAGAAAGACAUCAAGUUAGAUGUUAAAGAAGCUCCUGCAGAAAUCAAAGAGCAUCCACAAUGGGAGUUCGAAGACUCCGAAGAGGAGGAUCCGGCAGAAACGAAUGACAGAGAAUCGGAGUAUGCUACUGACGAGGAUUUACCCGAUGAUUAG